UGGCUGAGGCCGAUGGCCUGACCCACGGCCAUGGAUGAUCCAAGGAGACGGGUCCAUGCGUCGAAAAUGAUGAGAGAAUUUCUCUGUGGGCGUUUGGUAAAAUCACAUUGCUCUGGAAAAAUGGAGCCUGGUGAUAUCAAAAGGCUCACAGAUUACUCAUUUUGUAAGUCAUGGGGAAGAAGCACUGCCCCAGAACAGCGCCUCCCCAUGUGGCCCAUCCGCCCUUCAUCAUCACCCUCUCUCUCUAAAUUGGUUUUAAGCAGUUUCAGCCAUGGACAUUUACUUCAAACUCUCUCUCUCUAGCCAAGAGUCUUCUGCUUCCCUGAUACUCUGUGUAGUCCCAGAGUCUUGAAGGGCCUCAUCACAGAGCAGUCUGAGAGUCAUGUCUCUCUCCUUGUCUUUCAUCCCUCACUUUCUCUUUGUGGCUUACUCUUAACAAGCUUCGUCCUCUUGUGCUUUCUUUUUCGUUCUUGAGGUGCAUCUCUCUGUCUGUGUUUCGCUACAUGGGUGAUGGGGAAAUCAGCAGAGCACCGCCACCUGAGUCACUCCUCCUCUGCUUCCUCCUCUACCUCCCAGGACUUCGAGUUCACGGUGUCUCUCUCCCCUGUGGUGAAGAAGACCUCCCCUAGCCUCUGCCCUGCUGAUGAUCUCUUCUUCAAGGGCCAACUCCUCCCUCUCCACCUCCCACCUCGCCUCCAUGCCAUUCAGACCCUUAUCACCCCGUCGAAUGCAGCAGCUCCACCUCCGCCGUCACCACCAACCACGAAGACGACAACCACCCGGUCCUUUUCGCGAUCGUCAGGUUCCAACUUCCCCAUUCCACCGCCGCCGGCGCUAACGCAUUCCGCGGCGGUCGAAUCUAGUGGAUGGAGUUCCGAGGCCACGAGCUCCCGCGACUCCAACAGCAGCUCCUGCGACUCCUCCCGUCGCCCCAGCUCCGCCACCACCGACGACGAUGACCCCUCCCACCCGACCACCCACAAGAAAUUUCGCCACUUCGCCCGCUUCCCCCACAAAAAGCAACCACCACUUCCCCCAAUUAGCGCGCCGCCGCUGCCGCUGCCGCCACCCCCAGCAGCAGCGGCGCAACAGAAACCCCAACCAAAGGCUACACUUUCGUCCAUCUUCAUCACCAAGAGCAAGAAAAUGAGCAAAUCGGCAAAGCAAGUCUUCCAGAAAUACCUCAACAAGAUGAAGCCCCUGUACGAUAAGAUCUCCCAUCACAGGAUCGAAGAUCGAUUCGUGAAGGGAAGAGACAGUUGCAGCAGCGGCAUUAGCUACCACAGCGUUGGGAGCCACAGCUUCCAUGGCCACACCCACUCUUUCUCCGGCAAUCUCAGGUCCAGCAAGAGGAAGGGGAGAGGAGGCGGCCACGCUUACGCGGGCAGCUGCCCUUCUUCCAUGAGGUCGUCACCGAGCCACAGUGGGGUUCUGAGCUAUGGGGAGUUCUCGUCUUACUCCAUGGACAGCAGCAGCAUGCAGGAGUUGCAUAGCGCUAUACAGGGGGCAAUUGCUCAUUGUAAGAGUUCUGUUGGUGCAAAUGAUGGUCAUGGUGAGUAUGACACUGUUAUCACCCUCUGAGAGUCUCAAGCUCUUGUUCUGUGUCCUUGCCCUCCUUGGACUAAAAAACUGUUCUUCCUUUGGGGAGGAGCCAAGGUUAAUUAAGGUUAUUUACAUUUCAAGGUGUUGUUGUUGAUGCUGUUGUUAUCUUUGUCAGUUGUCAGAUGGAUCUGCAUAGCUAUGUUCAUAAUAUGAUACAGCUUCUUCUAUCAAAUCUCAGAGCUCUCUCUGUGAAAGAUAAUGGUGAUUUCAAUUGUUGUAUGUA